UUCUUUUAUUUUUUUUCUUCUUCCUGUUCCGCUUGUGGCUUUAGGCCGACACGCCUGUACGCAGGGACGUCAGAGGCCUGGCAGGGGAAUGGCCGCCCGCAGCCAAGGCAGACCGUCAGCCCCCGCCCGGACUCAACAGAGCAACCCCCGUCUUUCUGUUCGCUUUCCCCGCCUGCCCAACGCUGCUCCCGGGUGAAGCGGGGCCGGCGCCGGGCGGUGCCGCGAGCGGAGCGGGCGGGGCCGGGCCUGGCGGCGGGAAGGGCCUCCCCUCAGGGAACGGCGGGCCCGCGGAGCGUUCUGGGAGCCGUAGUCUCCCCGGGGCGGUAGGCCGGGCGCCAUCUUGUGCGCGGCGGCAGGCCCGGCGGCGCGGCUCCCACGCCAGCCCCCACCGGCGGUAGGGAGCGGCAGCAUUCCCGGGGGGAGCGGGCGCCGUUCCCCGUCACCUGUCGGGACCGGGUGCCUGGGCAGCGGAGACCCUCCCGCCAUGGCGACGCCCGCACGCCCAGCUCCUCCUCGACCUUCCUCCCGUCAUGCACCGCGCGUCUCCGCCUGUUCCGGCCCAGCGCCGCGCGGUGAUUGGCCUCUCGGGCGUCCUACCCGGAAGCGGGCGCCGCGGCAAGAGAUUUGAACGGCAACGGCCGCCCCGGGAGGCGGCUGCCGAGCCGAGUCUGCUCAGCGUGGAGAAGCCCAAAGGCCGGCUGCAGUUUCUCCUCGCAGGGGCUGAGAAGAAUUGCCGGGUCCCCGUUCCUCUCAGAAUGGCUUUAGGUGAUUAUGAGGAAAUUCUCAAGUGCUACGAAUUACAUGAAACGAUUGGAACAGGUGGGUUUGCAAAGGUGAAACUCGCACGCCAUCUCCUCACUGGUGAGAAGGUUGCCAUAAAAAUCAUGGACAAACUUGCUCUGGGGGAUGACUUGCCUCGUGUUAAAAUAGAAAUUGAUGCCAUGAAGAAUUUAAGGCACCAGCAUAUUUGCCAGUUGUAUCACGUGAUAGAGACAUCUGAGAAAAUGUUCAUGGUCCUAGAGUACUGUCCUGGAGGAGAGCUGUUUGAUUACAUCAUUUCUAAGGAUCGCCUUUCAGAAGAGGAAGCUCGUGUGUUUUUUCGGCAGAUUGUUUCGGCGAUUGCUUAUGUUCACAGCCAGGGAUAUGCCCACAGGGACCUCAAACCAGAAAAUCUGCUGAUUGACAAGGAGCAUAAUUUGAAGCUGAUAGACUUCGGACUUUGUGCCAAGCCAAAGGGUGGCCUUGACAACCGUCUGAACACGUCCUGCGGAAGCCCAGCUUAUGCAGCACCGGAGCUGAUCCAGGGCAAAGCCUAUAUUGGCUCAGAGGCGGAUAUUUGGAGCAUGGGAGUCCUGCUGUAUGCUCUGCUGUGUGGCUUUCUCCCCUUUGAUGAUAACAGCCUCAUGGCAGUCUACAGGAAGAUCACGAGGGGAAAAUACAGUAUUCCAAAGUGGCUCUCUCCUGGCAGUACACUACUAAUUAACCAAAUGCUGCAGGUGGACCCAAAGAAGCGGAUUACGGUUAAACAUCUAUUAAGUCACCCUUGGCUCAUGCAAGGUUAUUCUGAUGCUGUUCAGUGGCAAAGUAAAUACACACUGAGACAUCUUGAUGAAGACUGCGUAACAGAGCUUUCUGUGUUUCAUAAACAGAGCAGGGAGACUAUAUCAAAAUUAAUAUCAGAGUGGAAAUAUGACCAGUUGUCAGCAACGUAUCUCAUGCUUCAGUCCAAGAAGGCUCGUGGCAAGAGUAUUCGCUUAAGUGUUCCAUGUCUAACAGAAUAUGUUAGUACAUCACAAGCCGCAGGCCUCGAGCAUUCAAGGCAUGAUGCUCAACUGUACGAUACAGAAUUCACACUGUCAACUCCAGUGACAAGAAAAGUGGCAUCAGAGAAGCAUGAAAACAAAGAGAAUGUUGAUACAGAGUCAGCUUUAAGAAAUGAAAUGCCCUUUGCGCUUCCUGCUCCAACGACUUCUUCUGCGAAGAGUCAGAUUGAGACGCAAGUACAAACCAUACCCUUUCAGGCACCUGUCUUCAAAGAGAGACAGUUCACUGCAGUCACCCCAAUUAAGAAACCCACAAACCCAACAAACACAGAUGAAUUGACAGCAGCUGAGGUUCUUCCCAAAAGGAGGUGUCACUCAGGGGAAUUAGAUCUCAACGUUGCUCAUGUGAGUCGCAGCCAAAAGAAGAGAAAAGCCAAAGUAUUCGGAAGUCUUGAAAGAGGCCUAGAUAAAGUGAUCACAAUGCUUACACCAAGCAAAAAGAAACGAUGCGCUAGAGAUUGUCCAAGGAAACUUAAGGCUCACUAUAAUGUUACCACCACUCAGCUGCUGAAUCCAGACCAACUGUUGAACGAAAUAAUUGCUAUUCUUUCAAGGAAGCAUGUGGAAUAUGUUCAGAAGGGUUAUACCCUGAAAUGUCAAAUGCGGUCGGAUUUUGGCGAAGUCACUAUGAAGUUUGAGUUAGAAGUGUGUCAGCUCAGUAAAACUGAACUGGUGGGUAUCAGGCGACAACGGCUUAAAGGUGAUGCCUGGGCCUACAAGAGACUGGUGGAAGACGUUUUGUCCAGCUGCCAGCUGUGACUGGCUGAUGCAUGUGCUGAGGAAGCAGCAGUUUUGUACUUGAGGCUUUUGUAUGUUUACAUUACUUUGUAAUAAUGUUGUGCAACUCUUAUGAAAUAAAAUUC